AAGAUUGUCGUGUGCAUCAAAUAACCUAACAUUAAUCAUAUACGUUAGAAAACUUUUAAAAUGUGUAGUUCAGUGGAUAUUGAAAUUGUUUUAAAGAGUCACAGCUACCUUUCCAAAUCUAUACUAAUCGCAAAAGUUCAGAGCUAUUUAGCAAAAUUUAAAGUUGAAAACUAUUUGGAGAAGAAUAGCAUUAUUAGCGAUUUUAGUACAGAAGAGGAUAGUUUUACAUCACUAAUUCAUUCAAUUGUAAUUGGGGAUGUAUCACCAAUACCCGUUAAUAAAGGAAAAUUGUUAGAUCUUAAUGCUCAUAAAAUAAACUGGUAUGUGUAUACGUUGGAUACAGACGGGCCCACCACUCAAGUCCAGGCAGACGAGGAUGGAGAAAUCACUUUAGCGACACAUUUAACGUUACCUUCCAAAGAACUAUUUACCCUGUGGGAAAAUUUAUACUACGAAGAUAACAUUAAAGAAAACAUCCUGCAAUAUGGAAAAACUAUGAUGGAGUUUUCAAAGAAAGGCAUUAAUGCAAACAUUAUAAGCUGCAAUCGAGUUAUUUUGUUGCACGGUCCUCCAGGCACAGGAAAAACAUCUCUUUGCAAAGCUUUAGCUCAAAAACUGUGCGUUCAAAUGAGAGAUGUUUAUAGUUCUGGUGUUUUGAUAGAGAUAAAUAGCCACAGCUUGUUUUCUAAAUGGUUCUCUGAGAGUGGUAAAUUAGUGACAAACAUGUUUUCGCAAAUUAAAGAAAUUUGCGAAAAUUCAAAUUUGUUAGUAUGUGUUCUUAUGGACGAAGUAGAAUCGCUAGCUCAUGCACGAGAUCAAAGUAUUUCAGGUAAUGAACCGUCUGAUGCCGUAAGAGUGGUCAACGCAAUGCUCACUCAAAUAGAUCAAAUUAAGAAAUGUCCAAACGUUUUAAUUUUGGCUACUUCCAAUAUGACGGAAGCGAUAGACUUAGCUUUUGUUGAUAGAGCAGAUAUCAAGCAAUAUUUAGGGCUACCUAGCGUUCCUGCAAUCUACAAAAUUUAUCAUUCCUGUUUAGUUGAAUUGUUAAAGGCGAAUGUAAUUAAAUGCCAAAAUGAAAAAUUUGAAACUGUUAAUAUCAAUCGACAGCCAAUACAAUUAUUAGACGAUAUGCAGGAACACAGUAAACAGUUGAUAAAAAUUUGUGAAGCAAGUGUUCAAUUGAGUGGAAGGACCCUAAGGAAAAUACCAUUUUUAGCUUAUGCACUCUUUAUUAAUGGUACCAAAAAUCCAGAUUUAAGAAUCUUUCUGGAUGCAAUGGAUAAGGCUGUAGAAAAAGAACAUCAACAGAGAAAGGACUUUAAAACGAGAAAAUGAUGGAGCAAUUUUUCUAUUUAAUAUUGCCUUACACAGACAAUUAAAACUUUAAACUGUUUAACAAAUAAUACACUAAGCAAGAAGCAUUAGAAUACUCUCAGUUUCUAUCAGUGUGUGAUCAAUUUAUUUAGCAUAGGUAUUUUUGUGAAAAAAGGUGGAACAUUUGUUUAAUUACUAGAUAACUCCUGUUUCAAUUC